CGGUAGCGCGGGCGCAGGGCACGCGUUUGCGCACACUCGCGCUCCUAGGAAAACGCACAAGAGCUGAACCGAACCGGGUUUCAACCAUUUCAAAAAAGGAGACAGCCUCUACCGCAAUUGUCGAAGAGACCGCGGUGUGAAUUAGGAGCUGGGAGGCGUCGAGCGGCGGAACGGUCCAUCUCAGAGACUAAUUUUCUGGAGUUUCUGCCCCUGCUCUGCGUCAGCCCUCACGUCACUUCGCCAGCAGUAGCAGAGGCGGAGGCAGCAGCGGCGGCGGCGGUGGCUCCCGGAAUUGGGUUGGAGCAGGAGUCUCGCUCGCUCCUUCGCUUGCGCUCUCUGCGCUCAGUGCUCGGCGGCAGGAGGAGCCUGGACCCGGGCGCCGCCGGCUGGCGGUAGGCACCGGAGCCGGCCCCGAGGUGCGUCUGGGAUCUCAGUGCGUGUCUAGCAAGGAGCCUGCGUCCCAGAGAGUCCCCGGAGCACCGCCGGCUGGUGCCCAGCGCGCCGGGCCAUGCUGCUGCGGCCACAGCGGAGCUCCUAGCGGCGGUAGCGCCCCCUGUGAGGAGGCCGGAGAUGCCUCUGCCACUGUGAACGGUGCUGUCCGCCAGGAUACGCUCAGCCCCGGACCCUCUGGGCUGUGCGGGCCCGCGACCCACACCGAGUAGGGCGAGCAGCGAGCGCGGCAAAGACCGCCCAGCACGGGCAGCGGAGGCCGGCCGGUGCAGCGCAGGGACGCGUACUCAGUCUGACUGGGGCUGGCACAGGCGGCUAGCUAUGUCGUCCUGGACGAGGUGGCAUGGACCCGCCAUGGCACGGCUCUGGGGCUUCUGCUGGCUGGUUGUGGGCUUCUGGAGGGCCGCUCUCGCCUGUCCCACGUCCUGCAAAUGCAGCGCCUCUCGGAUCUGGUGCAGCGACCCUAUUCCUGGCAUCAUGGCAUUUCCGAGGUUGGAGCCUAACACUAUAGACCCUGAGAACAUCACCGAAAUUUACAUUGCAAAUCAGAAAAGGUUAGAAAUCAUCAACGAGGAUGAUGUUGAAGCUUACGUGGGACUGAAAAAUCUGACAAUUGUGGAUUCAGGAUUAAAAUUUGUGGCUCAUAAAGCAUUUCUGAAAAACAGCAACUUACAGCACAUCAAUUUUACUCGAAAUAAACUGACGAGUUUGUCUAGGAAACAUUUCCGUCACCUUGACUUGUCUGAGCUGAUCUUGGUGGGCAAUCCAUUCGCAUGCUCCUGUGAUAUUAUGUGGAUCAAGACUCUUCAGGAGAGUAAAUCCAGUCCAGAAACUCAGGAUUUGUACUGCCUAAACGAAAGCAGCAAGAAUAUUCCCCUGGCGAACCUGCAGAUCCCCAAUUGUGGUUUGCCGUCAGCAAAUUUGGCCGCGCCUAACCUCACUGUGGAGGAAGGGAAGUCUAUCACGUUAUCUUGCAGUGUUGAGGGGGAUCCAGUUCCGAGUUUGUACUGGGAUGUCGGUAAUCUGGUUUCCAAACAUAUGAAUGAAACAAGCCACACACAGGGCUCCUUAAGGAUAACUAACAUUUCAUCUGAUGACAGUGGAAAGCAAAUCUCUUGUGUGGCAGAAAAUCUUGUAGGAGAAGAUCAAGAUUCUGUGAACCUCACUGUGCAUUUUGCUCCAACUAUCACAUUUCUCGAAUCUCCAACCUCAGACCACCACUGGUGCAUUCCAUUCACUGUGAAAGGCAACCCCAAACCAGCGCUUCAGUGGUUCUAUAACCGGGCAAUACUGAAUGAGUCCAAAUACAUCUGUACUAAAAUCCAUGUUACCAAUCACACGGAGUACCACGGCUGCCUCCAGCUGGAUAAUCCCACUCACAUGAACAAUGGGGACUACAAGUUAGUCGCCAAGAAUGAGUAUGGGAAGGAUGAGAAACAGAUUUCUGCUCACUUCAUGGGCUGGCCUGGUGAUGACGAUGGUGCAGACCCAAAUUAUCCUGACGUAAUUUAUGAAGAUUAUGGGACUGCAGCGAAUGACAUCGGGGACACCACGAACAGAAGUAACGAGAUUCCUUCCACAGAUGUUGCUGACAAAGCCGGGCGGGAGCAUCUCUCGGUUUAUGCUGUGGUGGUAAUUGCAUCUGUAGUGGGAUUUUGUCUGCUGGUAAUGCUGUUUCUGCUAAAGUUGGCAAGACACUCCAAGUUUGGCAUGAAAGAUUUCUCAUGGUUUGGAUUUGGGAAUGUAAAAUCAAGACAAGGUGUUGGCCCAGCUUCAGUUAUCAGCAAUGAUGAUGACUCUGCUAGCCCACUCCACCACAUCUCCAAUGGGAGUAAUACUCCAUCAUCUUCAGAGGGCGGCCCUGAUGCUGUCAUUAUUGGAAUGACGAAGAUCCCUGUUAUUGAAAAUCCCCAGUACUUUGGCAUCACCAACAGUCAGCUCAAGCCAGACACAUUUGUUCAGCACAUCAAGCGGCAUAACAUUGUUCUGAAAAGGGAGCUAGGCGAAGGGGCCUUUGGAAAAGUGUUCCUAGCUGAAUGCUAUAACCUCUGUCCUGAGCAUGACAAGAUCUUGGUGGCUGUGAAGACGCUGAAGGACGCCAGUGACAAUGCGCGCAAGGACUUCCACCGAGAGGCCGAGCUGCUGACCAACCUCCAGCAUGAGCACAUUGUCAAGUUCUACGGUGUCUGCGUGGAGGGCGACCCGCUCAUCAUGGUCUUCGAGUACAUGAAGCACGGGGACCUCAACAAGUUCCUCAGGGCGCACGGACCCGACGCUGUGCUGAUGGCCGAAGGCAACCCGCCGGCGGAGCUGACGCAGUCGCAGAUGCUGCACAUUGCCCAGCAAAUCGCAGCGGGCAUGGUCUACCUGGCGUCCCAGCACUUCGUGCACCGAGACCUGGCCACCCGGAACUGCCUGGUGGGCGAGAACCUCCUGGUGAAAAUCGGGGACUUUGGCAUGUCCCGGGACGUGUACAGCACUGACUACUAUAGGGUUGGUGGCCACACGAUGCUGCCCAUUCGUUGGAUGCCUCCAGAGAGCAUCAUGUACAGGAAGUUCACCACAGAAAGUGACGUCUGGAGCCUGGGGGUGGUGUUGUGGGAGAUCUUCACGUAUGGCAAACAGCCCUGGUACCAGCUGUCCAACAACGAGGUGAUAGAAUGCAUCACUCAGGGCCGAGUCUUGCAGAGACCUCGAACAUGCCCGCAGGAGGUCUACGAGUUGAUGCUGGGGUGCUGGCAGCGAGAACCCCACAUGAGGAAGAACAUCAAGGGCAUCCACACCCUCCUUCAGAACUUGGCCAAGGCAUCUCCGGUCUAUCUGGAUAUUCUAGGCUAGGGCUCUUUCCCCCAGACCGAUCCUUCCCAAAGCACCUCCUCAGAUGGGCUGAGAGGAUGAACGUCUUUUCACUGCUGCUGGAUGCCAUCAAUCUGCUGUUCUCUACUCUGACAGUAUUAACAACAAAGACACCACGAAGCUUUCAGAGGGAAGCAAUGUGUACUUCUCCAUCGGUAGACACAGUAUGGACUUCUUUUUGGCAUUAUCUCUUUCUCUCUUUCCAUCUCCCUUGGUUUGUUCCCUAGUUUUUGUUUUGUAUUGACUUUUUUUGUCUUCCCUGCUUCACAGUCCUACCUUUCUUUUCUAAUCGAUCUGGCUUCUGCAUUACUCUUAACUCUGCAUAGACAAAGGCCUUAACAAACCUAAUUUGUUAUAUCAGCAGACACUCCAGUUUGCCCACCACAACUAACAAUGCCUUGUUGUAUUCCUGCCUUUGAUGUGGAUGAAAAAAAGGGAAAACAAAUUUUGACUUAAACUUUGUCAUUCCUGCUGUACAGACAUCGAGAGUUUCUAUGGAUUCACUUCUAUUUAUUUAUUAUUAUUAUUACAUUUCUUAUUGUUUUUGGAUGGCUUAAGCCCGUGUGUGAAAAAAGGAAAACUUGUGUUCAAUCUGGAAAGCCCUUUUAGUAUGGGAGACUGAAACCAGAGAGAGAAGAUUUUAUUAUGAACCGCAAUAUGGAAGGAACAAAGACAACCACUGGGAUCCGUCCCUACUUAGGAAAAACCCAGCCGCUGUUAGCUGGGAGGAAUGUAUUCGGCACCUUCCUUUGAGGACCUUUCUGAGGAGUGAAAAGACUGUUGAACUCUGUGACAUGGACUACCCAUUCCCAACAGCAGAAACUCUAGAGUGUAGUAGAGAGAAAAGAUGGCUCCGUGAGAGAGGAGAUGGCGCCUCCCACACUCAGACAUCCUGUCUUUGUAGGUCACAGUAAUAGCACGGGCUUGUUUCUCCAGAUGUUAUCAAAUGACCCUUUGUCAAGUUCUGUUGAAAAUAGGUGGACUCUUGUCCCGAGCUCAUUUCAGGGUGGGGUAGAAAAGCC